UGAUUAGUGUUGGUCAACAUCAACAAAAAAUAUAAUUUCGAUAUCUAAUUUGUUAUAUUAAAUAGUAUAGUACACAUGACAUGACACUUUUUAAAUCAUUUGUGCUGGAAUUAGCCUUUUGUUUUUAUUGUGUUCGUCGGCAAGCACAGUUCCACCUCUGUUCCCUUCUUCCUUCAAUAAUGCAACGACGCAAGAGAGAAAGCUAAUUGGCAAACAGAGAGAGAGAUCGCCAGAUCACCUAUCCGCCACCCGGAGCUGAAUUUUUAGAUCGGCUUUUUCUGAUUGAAACUUCGAUCUCCGGCGAUAGACAAGUUAAUGAUGGACGAGGUGAUGACGACCGCCGACGCCGCGACACUGGGCAGGGCGGCGCUCUCUAUGGCUCAGACGGCCUCGUCGGCUCUUCUGACUCCUCCGAAGCCUUCAUCGGAUUCUUCUUCUCCGCCAUCCUCGCUGCUUCCGAGCAACCUCCCGCUGAUUACCGCCUUCCUCGCCUUCGCUCUCGCUCAGUUCCUCAAGCUCUUCACCACCUGGUUCAAGGAGAAGAGAUGGGAUUCUAAAAGGAUGGUGGACUCUGGUGGAAUGCCGUCUUCACAUUCCGCUACCGUGACCGCUCUGGCUAUGGCAAUUGGCUUGCAAGAUGGAACCGGAUCUCCUGCUUUCGCCAUUGCUGUUAUCCUCGCUUGUAUUGUGAUGUAUGAUGCUUCAGGGAUUAGACUUCACGCCGGUCGUCAAGCUGAAUUGCUGAAUCAAAUUGUGUGUGAGUUUCCUCCAGAACAUCCAUUAUCCAGUGUCAGACCUCUGCGCGAGUUACUUGGACACACUCCAUUCCAGGUUGUUGUUGGAGGAAUCUUGGGUUGCAUAGUAGCUUAUGUGAUGAGAAACACUAAAUAAAUUAAAAUGGGGUACUGAAUUUCUUAACAUCCACAAGGGAAUGCAACAGUUUCAGUAUAUCGCCACAAAUUGGAAGUAGCUGAGGCAGGGAAAGGAAGGGACUUUUAUGUACUCUAAGAACACCAUACCUCCAAUAAUCUUUAUCGAUUCUAGAAAAAUCCAUACCCAAUUCUUUCUGUACUUACACUGCUGUAAUUUUGUUUUUGUUUUAUUCUGUCAAUGGCUCCUUAGUCCAUUGUUUUUGGAAUUUAUUGUCAAACCAUGUUCAAUGUAAUGGAAAAGCAACUUGAAUCCAAAUCUACUUCGAUUAUUUGCCUGGAGCUUCUCUUUUGUACAUAGUCGUUACCUUUUAAGCAUACUUCCAUUGGUACAUUUCUAUUUCUAUCUCACUGUAAACAGGGAACAGAAGGAUAAAAAAGUUAUCUAGACACCUGCAAUAACAAGUACCAAGAUCUGUGUAUCCUUCUACCGUUAUUGAUUCACUGAAGAAUUCCUCUAGGUUAAGACAGCCCAUAAAUGCUAUUAACCAGAGAACUUUCUUGCCCAUGUGCAAAACUAGUCUUCUCCUUCUCGUGCAGUUUCAGCUUUGCCUGCUUGAAAGUUGAAACGGCUUUCUCCUCUCUUCCCUAUCUCUCUCUCAUCUUCACUUCACACUCUUUUUAAUGAGCUCUCUCUUCUUCCUUUCUGCACCCCUCACAUUGUAAGGGUGAGCAAACAGAGUGGGUUUCCAGGUGUUCUUUUCCUUAUCUUUUUUCAACUCCUCACUUAACCAUGGCAAAGAAGAAGCCACUUUCAUCCCCACCAAAGCUAAACAAUCUCUCAUGGUUUUUCUGCAAGAUGUUCACCAAUACUCUCCUGAUUUUGUGCCUUCUAGUUUAUCUCCAGUUUAAUCCCCAUCACAACAACCGCUUUCCUCAUGAACCAUCAUUCUCUUCUAACUUUGAGACCUUCCAAGGUACCCCUAAGAUUGCUUUCCUCUUCCUCGCUCGCCGCCGCCUCCCUCUUGACUUCCUAUGGGACAACUGCUUCAAGUAAGGUUUGGUAAAUUUCAAGAUAUAUACUAGUCGUGCGUGUUAAACAAAGGAGAUGUGAUCCUUUGUUUUGAUAAUUGUCUUUGGAUAUCCAUCCAUAUUGGAUACCUAAUUGAGCACAGGCAUCGUGAUUUCGUGUAAUUAUCUACCAGUAGCUUGCAAUAGACGGUAUGUGUCCUGCCAACAACAUUUUUUACUGGAAUGUGACGCAGGGAACCAAUCACGUCCGUUACGAGAGUGAGCACCGGACAGAGUGGUACAAGGUGGCUAACAUCUACUCAACGUGCUUCCUCUUGGCCAGGAAGUUCAGCCAGGGAGCAGCCGUGCGACUUCUGAACAAUGGUGUGUUGGGUUUCCUCAAUCCAGACGUUGCAUUGUUGUUGAGCUCUGCAUAGUUCUUUCUGAGGGAGAGGAGCGAAUUUAAUGUCUACACGUUGUUUCUUAAACUUUUCCUUCCCAAAAGAUUUUUCAGUUGAUUGCUUAAAAGAAGCGUCGCUUCUUCAGUGUAAUUUGAGCCUUGAACUCUAAAUGAGAUGGAGACAUUAGAAAGCAGUUGAAUGAUGGUGCGCUUGACAGAGACCAUAUUAUUUGGUGCGUAGAGCUACACUAUCUCCUCUUUAUAUGCCUUUGGGAUGACUGAUUCUAUGUGCAAACCCAAUGUUUCGAUGAAUGUUCGAUAAUAUAUUUACUUUUGUUAC